AACGCAGUUGUUGUUUCAUCAUAACAAAGAACUUAAACGAAAAUACAGAAACAAUAGUUUGUUCAUAUCAGGGUCAAAUUUUAAGUUUUAAAAAAUAUUAAAACUAGAACCUUGUUGCAAUCGUGGGUCUUCUAAGGCAAUCUUUAUAAAAAGAAAAUAAUUUUUAGACACUUAUCACACUGCCCAAAUCUGCCAACUCCUUAUUAUAUAGGAAACAAAAAAUCUUAAUUUGUAUUAUUUCAAAACAUGUUGGACUUGGAGAUAGUUCCCGAAAUUUCCUUGGGCUGUGAUGCCUGGGAAUUUGUUUUGGGUAUGCAUUUCUCCCAAGCAAUUGCCAUCAUACAGUCGCAGGUGGGCAUCAUCAAAGGUGUUCAAGUGCUGUACUCGGACAGCAAUCCGUUGGGUGUGGAUAUCAUCAUUAAUCUGCCUCAGGAUGGAUUGCGUUUAAUAUUUGACCCAGUCAAUCAACGUUUAAAAAACAUUGAGGUGUGCAAUAUGAAGUUGGUCAAGCUAAAGUAUGGAGGAGUUUAUUUUAAUUCACCUGAAGUCUUGCCAUCCAUCGAACAAAUUGAGCACUCCUUUGGUGCUACUCAUCCUGGAGUAUACGAUGCGGCCAAGCAAUUGUUUGCCUUACAUUUUCGUGGCUUGAGCUUCUACUUUCCCGUUGAUAGUAAAUUGCAUGCUGGUUAUGCUCAUGGUCUGGGCUCAUUGGUGUUUUUAAGCGGAGCCUCACCUGUGGUCUCCAAAAUGUCCUUGUAUGCUGGCAGCAAUGUGGCCGAGAACAAAACACCACCACUGCCCUUAGCUUGCUAUCAUCGUCAAUUGUAUUUGGAUACGGUAACAGUACUACGUUCGGUGCUUGGCUGCACAAAAGGAUUGAGAUUGAAACUCUUUACCGAGGGUUCGGGCCGUUCAUUGGAGCCUAGACGCCAAUGCUUCACAAAGGAGAUUCUUUUUGGAGACAGCUGCCAAGAUGUGACCACACAGUUGGGAGCCCCGAAUCGUAUUUUCUUCAAGAGUGAAGACAAAAUGAAAAUUCAUUCCUCAAACGUGAAUAGGCAAGCCCAAACCAAACGCAGUGACAUAUUCUUCAACUAUUUUACUUUGGGAAUAGAUGUGCUAUUUGAUGCUCGCACCCAGACUUGCAAGAAGUUUAUCUUACACACCAACUAUCCCGGCCACUUUAACUUCAACAUGUACCAUAGAUGUGAAUUUCAAUUUCAAUUGCAACCUGAGCGUUCCUCUCUGAACGACAAUGCAUCACGUGCUUCCUAUGGCAGUGGUGGUACAGGUGGCGGAGGAAAUCCAGAUGCUGUAACCUCACCUGUCACCAUUAAUGCCUACUCAAAGUGGAAUGAAAUAAGUGCUGCCAUGGCUCCCUCAGAACGUCCAGUGGUACUGCAUAGAGCCAGUUCCACCAAUACCGCCAAUCCCUUUGGUUCGACCUUCUGUUAUGGCUAUCAAGACAUUAUAUUUGAGGUAAUGUCCAACAAUCACAUAGCUUCGGUUACUUUGUAUAGCACAGCUCCUCCGAAACCCUCCGAAGAUCUCUGGCAACAGCAUAAAAUGCAAGAUAUACGCCUAACCGUGGCGUGAGUAAAAUAUCUCUUGUAAAUAAAAAAAAAACUCAAAGCAGAGCCUAUAAGAAAAGAUCUUACAUGAGCACACUAUGCUCUAGAUAAGAUUAUAUGAAUAAGAAUUUCAAGCACAAACAUACAUGUCUUAAUUUUUUGAGAUACCGAUCAAGUUUGAGGAGCUACAUGCAGGGAGUACAAAACUCCGUUACAACAACAACAUACGCUGUUGCAUGUAUGAAUUUUCAAUAUUUGCUACAAAUUUCGCAAUACUACGAGGAAUUGUUUGGCAAAUUCUCGAUCAAAAACAAAAAGAAAUUUUCAUUAUAUUAACUAAAUAUAUAUAUACUUAAAUAUAUAAGACAAAACAAAAUGGUGUGAUGACCGAACUAUGAUAUGAAAACUAUAAACUUCAAAGAAAUAAAAAUUUUGUUUAGAUAAUAAAGAUAUAAAUUUAUUCUUAA